AUGGAGGACAACGGUGCCGCCACCGCCGCUCCUGCGACGAGCAUGCUGCCUGCCGAGAAGCAAGUGGCGAUCCCUGACGCCGCUGCGGCGGCAGCUACGAACGGUAGCGCCGGUGAGGAGAACAAGGUGGAGGGGGAUGCGCCGGCGCCGGCAUUAUUGCCCUGCGGGCCCAGGAAGACGGGGCUCCAUCUUUUCGUCAUGAACAUCAGGAGCGUCUUCAAGCUCGACGACCUCGGAUCGGAGGUGCUGCGCAUUGCAGUGCCCGCGUCGCUUGCUUUGGCGGCCGAUCCGCUUGCCUCCUUGGUGGACACAGCGUUCAUCGGCCGUUUAGGUUCGGUGGAGAUUGCCGCUGUUGGUGUUUCAAUCGCCAUAUUUAACCAAGUCUCGAAAGUCUGUAUCUACCCUCUUGUCAGCGUGACAACAUCAUUUGUCGCGGAGGAAGAUGCUAUCAUCAGUAAAGCUAUCGAAGAAAAGAGCAGCCAAGACCUGGAGAAAGCUUCCCAUGUGGAUUCAGAAACCAACGAUUUGCCUGUAUCUGGUCCUGAUAUGGCAGAAUGCGUGAACUCAUGUAUCCCCACAGAGUGUACAGAUCUCUCCAACCAAGGGUGCAAGAAGAGGUACAUACCUUCGGUCACGUCAGCACUAAUAGUUGGUUCAAUUCUCGGACUGCUUCAGGCCGUCUUCCUGGUUUUCUCAGCGAAAUUUGUACUAAGCAUCAUGGGUGUUAAAUCUGGAUCCCCAAUGCAAAAACCAGCAGUUCGCUACCUAACAAUAAGAUCUCUUGGUGCCCCUGCUGUGCUAUUGUCUCUGGCCAUGCAAGGGGUCUUCCGGGGAUUCAAGGACACGAAGACACCAUUAUAUGCUACUGUGGUCGGGGACGCAGCGAACAUCAUACUAGACCCAAUUUUGAUGUUUGUUUGCCAUAUGGGCGUCACUGGUGCAGCUAUUGCUCAUGUUGUUUCUCAGUACCUGAUAACGUUGAUAUUGCUGUGCCGGCUCGUCCAGCAAGUUGAUGUUAUCCCGCCUAGCAUUAAAUCUCUGAAAUUUGGGCGAUUUCUUGGAUGUGGAUUCCUACUGCUCGCAAGGGUCGUUGCGGUGACGUUCUGCGUCACGCUGGCGGCGUCCCUGGCUGCUCGCCAUGGACCAACCAUCAUGGCAGGCUUCCAAAUCUGCUGUCAGCUCUGGCUGGCCACAUCUCUCCUUGCCGAUGGAUUGGCCGUGGCAGGACAGGCAGUGCUUGCAAGUGCGUUCGCCAAGAAUGACAACAAGAAGGUUGUUGAUGCGACAUCCCGUGUGUUGCAGCUGAGCAUUGUCCUGGGCAUGGGUCUCACUGUCGUGCUGGGACUUGCUAUGAGGUUCGGGGCUGGCAUUUUCACAAGCGACCUGCCCGUGAUCGAAGUCAUUCACAAAGGCAUCCCGUUUGUCGCCGGCACACAGACUAUCAAUUCCCUGGCCUUCGUGUUUGAUGGCAUCAACUUUGGAGCAUCAGACUACACAUACUCUGCUUACUCCAUGGUUGCCGUUGCGUCCGUGUCGAUACCGUGCCUGGUGUACCUUUCUGCACAUAACGGAUUCAUCGGUAUAUGGGUCGCAUUGACGAUCUACAUGAGCCUGAGGACCAUAGCUAGCACCUGGAGGAUGGGGGCAGCGAGGGGACCAUGGAAGUUUCUCCGAAAGUGA